CAUACAUGUUCUUGACGACAAGACCGGCAUAAAGACGUCCAUCGUUGAGCCACUGCGUUGAUUCCUUCUCGUCCCAUCUCGUCCCAUCACGGCACGGCACGCACCUCCCUCGACCCUCGAUGCAUCCCAGAUGUGACUCUCUUCUUGCGUCCAUCCAUCUAUCCAUCCAUCCAUCCGUUAGCACAACAACUAUCAUUCUUGGGUGGGAUAAAGAGCAUGGAGACACACACAUGCCACGCACAGACACACUGACUGAUAAAACAGCAACACGGCACAGAGCGGACGCGGAGUGAGUUGGGCGCAAAAAGGCCAGGCCAGGGCGCAUGGACGGGUACCACAGACACUGACUGACACGCAACAUGGUGGUUGGGUGGGAUGUGUGUGUGAGUGAAGACGUGACGGGCAGAGGACCCCGCACCACACCGCACUUGGCAGGGCAGGGGAAACAAGGCUGAUAGCGAUACAAUACAUCCAGGAGCUGCAGCGGGAGGGCCAAAAACCACCGCCCCAGACACCACACUCUCUCCUUCCCCUUGUCGCCCAGACAUCCACAUCCACACACACACUCAUACUACUCUCGUCCUACCACCCUCCCUCCCUCCUGACACCACCCUACUGAUGACUAGAAAAGUGUCGCUCGCAACACGACACACGCAGGAUGUGACGUUGUCUGGCUGGCUGGCUGGCUGGCUCGUCUACAUCUUGAGCUCCUUGGCCACCUCCCACAGCGUCGAGGCGCUCUUCUGCAGCUGGGCCUCCUCCCUGCACACACACACACACACACGCACACGCACACACACACGGUCGGUAGUGGUGCGUGUCACGGCUGUAUAUGGUGGGGCUGGUUACUCACUCCGGUGUGAGUUGUAGGCUGAUGAUCUUCUGCACGCCCGUGGGCCCAGCGAUGGCCGGCAGCGCCAGGUACAUGUCCUCCUUGAUGCCGUGCAAGUUCUGGACAGAUCCACACACCGACUCACGCGCAUUGACUCGGUUGAUGCGUGUGUGUGUGUGUAUAUGUGUGUGUGUGUUUGGGGGGGGCGUCUCUCUCUCUGUGUGCGUGUGCGUGUGUAUGGGGGGGGUGUUGGGUACCCACCGACCUGCGCGUGUACGGAGAGGACGUGUGUGACGCGUUCGUUUCUGAGGAGGUUGCGGACGAUCCAUGAGACGCUCAUCCCGAUGGCCCAGGAGGUGUAUCCCUUGGCCUUGAUGACGUCAUACGCCCUGCACAGACCACACACACGGACAGAGGGAAAGCCCUUUCUCAUGUGUGUGUGUGUGUGUGUGUAGAGUCCCCGCCAAGCCACCCACCCACCCACCCACUCACUUACCCAUUGAUGACUCUUUGGUGCAGGUCUUCCCAGUUCUCGGGGUCGUCCUCCAUGCCGGCCUUGGGGUUCAGGUCACGCAGCCGGACGCCACACGCAGUCAUGCUCGACCACACAGCAACUGAUGCCAAUACCCACACACACAUUAACACACAAACACACAGAGAUAAGUGUGCAUGGCUGGCUUCUUCCAUUCUUCCGUCCAUUCAUCCAUCCAUGGGCCUCGCGUAUUUGCUGCCGUGUUGUUGGCAGCUCUGACGUACCGCUGGAGUCUCCGUGUUCUCCGAUGAUGUAUCCGUGGCAGUUGACCGCAGCCACACCCAAUCGCUGACUCAUAAACGUGCGCAGACUGACCAAACACACACACACACACACAGACAGACAGACACACACACACAUUCCUCCCUCCCUCCCUCCGUCUCUGCGUCGUUGGCUCCUUCGUCUGUCUGUCUGUCUGCCACCCACCGGGAGGAGUCGAGGUUGGUGCCCGACCCGAUGACGCGCUCCUUGGGCAAACCGCUGAUCUUCCACGCGACCCACGUCAGAAUGUCCACUGCACACAUACCAAACGCAUCCCACACGGCAUGUUCAUUUGUCUGUUUGUCUGUUUGAUGGGCUGCGGCGGCGGCGGCUACUGCUGUUGGUGUUGGUGGCCGACCAGGGUUGGAGACGAUCAGCAGGACGGUGUCAGGGCUGAGCGAUAGGCGAGCAGACAUAGCGUAGCGUAGCGUAGCGUAGCGUGAGAAGGGCCAGCAAUGAAAUUUGCGUUCGUGCGUGUGUGUCGCUUUACCUCUCCUCCACCAGCUUGGGAAUGACGUCUUGACAUAUACAGAGCAGAAACAAGCACAGAAACAAGCACCAUUGACACCGCGUGUGUGCGCGAGAACCUGUCUGUCUGUCUGUCUGUGAGUGAGAGUCUCUCACUCUUGAAGAUCUGCACGUUUCUCUGCAGCAGGUCGAGUCGGCUCUCGCCCUCCCGCUGCCGGGCGCCGGCCGUCACCACACACACGCUGCUGCUGUGCGUGAUGUCAUAACCUAACCAACACGCACACACGCACCCACACACACAAUCCAUCCAUCCAUCCAGCUGUUCUGUGCGUGGAUGAUAUCGAUGCCGUCGUCUCACUUGAGGAAGCUUCGAUCUUCAGUCCGCCGCGCAUGAAGGCGCUGGCGUGCUCCAGGUCCCACGCCUCGCCCUUCACCUACACACACACACACACACACACGGACUUGAGCCUGCCGUGUCGUCUGUCUGUCUCUCUCUCUGUGUGCGUGUGUCUGUGUGCCUCACCUUGUCCUCGUACAUGUCGACGAGCGCCAGAUGGUGGCUGAAGCCCUGCGACACGAUGGCGAACGCGCACGCCAUACCAACUGACACACACCAGGAUCCAAUCCACCAGACACACAGACAAGACAUGCACACACAGGCCUCUCACCGCCCCCCGCUUCAUUCAUUCAGGUACCUUGCCCGGCGCCGACAAUGGUGACUUUGUCAGUGAUGACGGACAUGGUCUUGGAGCGCUCGAGCAAGACCCGCUCCUCAGCCAGCGUCGUGCCGCCCUUGAACAGCCCAUCAACCGAGAAGGGCGCAGCCGGCAGGUCAGGUAUAUUCAACUCGUCCAUGGGGUUGCGGCGGCCUUGUCCUCGGAGAUCUAGCCUAAAAUCGGGAGAGAUCGU